UCGGAACGUAAGACAGGGUAAGGAAAAAUAAAAUUGAAACUGAAAGGAGCCGUGCCUCAGCAGACGUGAACUAGGUGGAAACGCCAACUUUUGCGGCACAACCACGCGGUGUAAAGGCCGGUGAGAACCAAAACUUAGCGCGGGAUUGUGCUAUAAAACGUUAACGGUGCUGCAGUCGUUAAUAGCAUUGGCUGCUAGUCGUUCAUAAGCUGUCUCUAGGCAGCCUGAAAUCCUAAUAUGUUUAGGAGCGGCCCGCUUUUCUAAUUUCUGCAAACGUCUUUAUUAUCGCGGUGAACGUGUUUCGCAUUCCGCACGCUAGGGGGCCGUGCGUCUCUUCUUUUCCCUCCGCUUCUGCUACACUCUCGGCGGUGGCCGGCGCGGCGCUUUUUUCCGCGCUUGCUUGUUGACGACGACAGCGGAGCCGGCCAACGCAGCAUCGCACUAGGUGUGGGCGGUACGUCGAAGUACUUGCAAGGCACCCGGAAUCUGCCUUUUCCUUUGUAUAUGCGCUCGUUGAUUUCGUUCCCACUGUAACGACAAGGUCAGUUUCUGCUCGGCGGGGGUUCUCCGUGCGCCCGAUGCACUUGCCAUAUCCGGCGGGAGAAGAGCGCUGUGUCCGUAAUAGUCGUGUAGUGUAGUGAGCGAGUCUACUUUCGUACCGAGUGACCGACGGGUGAGUGAGUGCCCGCAUUAGCAGCAGCCGCACAAGCAGCAUGUCGACGACACCGGACCUGUUGCCGGCCGAAGCGCCGGCGCCGAGGCUCUGCCACCUGAUCAAGAUCCCCACAUUCGACGGAUACGGAUUCAACCUGCACGCCGAGAAGUCGCGGCCGGGUCAGUUCAUCGGCAAAGUGGACAGCGGCAGUCCCGCCGAGCUGGCCGGCAUGCUCGAAGGGGACCGCAUCGUGGAGGUGAACGGCGUGAACAUAGCUAGCGAGAGUCACAAGCAGGUCGUCGAGCGCAUCCGGGCCGUGCAGAACGAGACGCGCCUGCUCGUGGUGGAUAGCGUGACGGACGCGUGGUACACCGAGCACAAGCUGGUGCCCCGCUCGACGCAGGAUAACGUGCGCUACAUUCGGACUCCCACCGGCGACGAUGACGACGUCGACGGCGGGUUGCAGGCGCCCAACGGACACCACUCGCCGCAGGAGACGGCCGAGGAGCAGCAGAGUGCAUCGCUUCCGUCUGCAAAGGAGGAACCAGAGGAGCCCGAGAAGGCGACCGUCGACGGCGACGUGGCGGCCAAGGCCGACGACGCCGAGCUGCCCGAGGACGCCCCGCAGCCGCGCCUCUGUCACAUGACCAAGUGGCGCGACUUCGAGGGCUAUGGCUUCAACCUGCACGCCGAGAAGGACCGGCGGGGCCAGUACGUGGGCAAGAUCGACGCCGGCAGCCCCGCCGAGUACGCGGGACUGCGCGAGGGUGACCGCAUCGUCGAGGUGAACGGCGUCAAUGUCCAGCAGGAGGCGCACCGCGACAUUGUCGAGCGCAUCCGCGCCGUGCCCGACGAGACGCGGCUGCUCGUGCUCACGGCCGAGGGCGAGCAGUGGUACCGCGACCGGGACAUCGAGGUACGGGGCGACCAAGCCAAUGUGUUGCGGCUCCGCAACCCGGAGCUCAACCCUGCUACCAGUGGAGAAGGGCAAGGUGAUGGAGCUGCGGCUGCCGUAGCCGAUGGAAGCGAAGGUUCCCAGGAGGACGAGGCAGCCCAGUCAGCUCCCACACCUGUCCUGAGGCGGCAGAGUGGCUUGGAAGGAAAGGAGGAUGCAGAAGAGGAGGAAAGCCGUUCCUCGGAGCCUGAAGCUGUACCAGCAAAAGCAGAGGCGCCUGCAAGAGAGGAGCCAAAUAGUGCUGGGGACAAGGUGACAGAGAGCCUCGCCACCGGAAUGAAUCAAGCAGACUCAAGCCCUGAAGCCAAGCCCGCGCCACCGACAGAGCCUGCACCGUCAGAAUCGACCAAUGCCACGAGCAACGGUUCUCUCAACAUGCUCAACAUGAGUGCCUCUGAGAUGCGGCAGCUGCUGGCGCAGCGCAAGAAGCACGAUCCGAAAAAGAUCCAGAUGGACCUGAAGAAAAAGUAUGAGCUCAUUGAGCAGAUGUGAGCCGGUUGUGUCUUCUGUCAAACGACACCAUUAGUUAUGUGUGGCUGGUCCCAGCACACAUUUUGUGUGCGAGCGUAAUAGGUAUUUUAUAUCUCUCCUUUUUAUCUGGGAGCUGGGAGGGUUGUGUGCCUGGGCGAAUGUGCAACUCUGGAUUCACUGUUUCCUGGAUUCAGCUCUGGAUUUACGAGGCACCGAUUGCAUUCUUUUUUUAGACAAUGCUGAUUUCGGUGCUGUCUACUAAGGAAUGGGGCAACCAUAUGUGAGAGAAGAGUUUGGGAAUUUGGCAGCAUUGGUGUGGUGCUGAUAUAGGUGCUGUCAGUAAAAAAAAUUAUCACCUUCUCUGCAUGCCUGGCGAGAUAACUGUUCAUGUUGGCAAUAGGUUUUGCUUUUUUACACCAUAUGGCUAUUCAGCAAUUUGGCAAGAAUUGUUUUCUGAUAACAAUGUUGUUAAGCUAUUGUUUCAGGUGGAACAGCAGUUGACUCGGUGUUGAGGGGACUGUAUUGACAACUGUCUGUUCAGCUAAUUAACCACGCUGUAAUUAGUUGCAGAAUACUGAUAUAUAUCGCUGGUAAAGUAAAUAUUUUCCUGCUGAUCACUUUUGCUGUGUAAAUGGGCUAUUGCCAGGGACUUUUCUGUGUCAAAUGUGAUCCUGUGCUUCUUUAAAGGACAAUUAAUUUUUUUAGUGCAUCUUCUGUUCUCUGAUGCUGCCUUUGACUUGAGAUUGAAGGCUGUGCUUGGCAUGGGCAUUCCUCCGGACUUUUGAAACAAAACUAAUUGUGCCCUCACGAGAUCCUUGUUGCAUGGGUCCUUAAAAUUUUUGCUAUCACCUUAAGCUGUUGAGAUAAUCAUUGUGUUUCGAGGGCACAUCAUUUUAGGAGGCGAAAAAUGUUAUUGGUACGUUUGUGCCAUUGUGUGUUGAACAUGUUGCCACAUUCCAGACGUUACGUCAAAUAUGUUAGACUAGAUGUGGGUAGAUAGCGAAACUGAUUGCUAUUGCUGAGUUGUUCCUAAUGUAAGCAGCUUGAUUAAAGAACAAUAUUGCGCAUGUUCUUGAAUAUGUAAAAAGUUGACUCGGUGAACAAUCUGUGGAUGAAAAUUCACCUUGGAAUGAAGCUCAGAUCAAAUAUUUACAUUUUUGCACAUUUCUGCAUGCACUUGUGUGUUGACUGUAGACAGCCAUUCCUGGUGAACUUUCAUUCUCACUAUGGAGGCUGGGCUCCAACUACAACAACAAAAGGCUAACUUUGGCAUUUUGUCUUUUGAAGCUGUAGAGAUGCAAUAAUAAAAUGUUGAUCACAUUUCCAGGACAGGCACUCUAUUUGUGAUGCCUGUUGGACAUGGUGAAUUAGCAUAAAACUUAAGAAAUAAGGCUUUUUAAAUAUUCUAUGCAAGUUUAGAUUAAAGAUUGUGUCAAUGGAAACGUACCACUUGCGAAGGCACUGUUAUGCCACAUACAAACUUACCUUUGUACUUUAAGGUUAACUGUGUAAAGGUUGCUUAUAUUUGAUUUCUAUGAAGCCAAAACUUCAACGUUUCAGGAAUAGUUGGUGUACAGUUGGCGUAAAAAGAUUGCGGGAUCCAGGACACUCUAAAAUGCAAUUUCAUUCCAGUUUUUGGUGGUGUACAUUAGUGCAUACAGCAAAUCUGAAGUCCAGGCUGCUUGCUUGGGCUUGGGAAAUACUUAGCUUUUUCUUAGUUUCUGCAUCUGACAAAACUGACAAACGCUGUACUUGUUGGGCGACAUAUUGAUCAGCCUUCCAUUGCUCAUUAUCACUAUGAUGCGCAGCCAGAAAUUCGACACAGCCAUCUCCGAUUUUUCCAAUCUAGGUGUUGUAGGUGAUCUUGCUAAUUCACGAGCAAGUUUGGUACCGAAAGGCAUUGGGUGGUUUCGAUUGAAAGCAUUCGAUGAAGUAGAAAGUGCAUUGACGCUUGUAAUAUCAGAACCUUCCUUGUGCCUUAGGAUGUAUUUCACAGCACAUAAGUGCCAUUGCAUCUAGUUCCAAAUAAGUGCUUUCAAAUAUUGCCAGAUGUAGUACCAUCACAGGGUCUUGUAGCCAACGCAUAAAACUGUUGAAGCCUCUGGGGGCUGCCUCAUUUUGAUGAGACGCAAAGAUUGUGUGUGGUUGUUACACAUUUAUGAUUGUGAAAGAUUUUCAUAAUUUGCAUUUAUAUCUACUGUGUGUGAAAGGUUUGACAUUCAUGCAAGGUACCAACGUGGAGGAAAACACCUGAUUUGAAUUCACGACUGUCUGUUGUAGUCUUCUGUCCGAAAUCAAAAUGGUACCAUGACCGAGCUCUUCAGCAAGUGUCUAAUAACAAUGUUCGAGCCUGCAUGCCUGCUGUAGUCAUUACUUGAAUACUGGAUUGGGUGUUUCCUUUUACAUUGGCGCACCCUGUAGGUGCAUAAUGUUAUGGAUGAUGUGUUGUGUAGGAUGACACUUAAAGUUCUAGCAUGUACUAUUGCUGGAUUGAAGUGGUGAAAAAAGUAGUAGUAUUAGUUUCUGCGCUCAAGAACUACGGUGACCAUCAUUUUCAAUGCGGGCCUUUUAUUUCUGUAUAAAAGCUGUUUAUCUGCAUGGAUGUACGAACUAUCAAUUUCUACAAGUUCUCUGUGCACGUUGAGCAUUGUGUGCGCAAAAAUAAGAUCAAAACUGAACAAUAUCUGCACAUUCCUUUUUCUCUAUGUGCGUUGUAUAACUGGACCAAGUACAUUGCAUAUGUAUUUUAUCUGUAGCAGCGUUGAAGCUUUGGACCUGGUUUCCUAAAUAUUUUCUGUUUUUAUACCUGAUUGUCUUUGGAGCAUUUUUUUGAUGCCUGGUGCUGCAUUUUUAUGCACUUUUUUUUUUUUUUUUUUUUACAGAAGCCUUGUUGGACAUUGUUUUUCUGUCCAACCUAUUUUCAAUGCAGCAGCCACUUAUGGAAGUGCUAUUUUUGACUGCACGCCAACAUUCUUGUUGUUUGGUUCAACAGAAGGGUUUUCAUUGUUUUUGUGGUGUAUGUGUGUGCGAGUGUACUGAAACAGUCGCUUGAUUUUGUGGUGAAAUGCACGUCGUCUUCUGCAGUUGCACCAUCUCAUCAUAUAUUUGUGAGAUGAACGUUACUCGGAGUUUGAUCUAGUUUUGUUUAAUAUGUGUUUAUACCAUGAAAACUCAACUUCUCACAAGGUGUUUGAGCUGUCUAGAAUGUAAUUUUGGUCCAGCUACAGUGCACCAAAAUUACUGCCAGCUCAACAUAUUUUGAUGGCACCCUGUAUUUGCCUAAAGGUCGUUUUUUUUUUAACAUUUGCUUUCAUGAGGUGGUCACAGCUCUCAUUGUGGCCAGGGUUGGGGCACGUCAGUGCACUGUUUUUAUGCACUCUGCUCUGCAUAAGUGCCUGAACAAAGUUUGUGGCAUCUCGCUGCCAAGAUAUAUCCCCUCCUUGUGGGGCAUCACCAAGUGCCUUUAUCUAAUCCCGAAUCUGAUUGACCUCUUUUGUCGCUGUCUGUGAAAUGGAAGACUUAAUUUUGCUGGCUGUGUCUUUUCAAAUACCAGCAAUAAAAGUUUAUUGAACAA